CGUGUGGUGUCCCUCAUGGGCGUCAACGGCGGUCAUCUCCCUCACCGCGAGCAGGAGCAGCCAUCCCCCAUUGCCCAUCCACCACCGAAUAGAAAAUGGUCCGGCUAUUCUAGCCCGCCGGCCCCCGCAAUCCGCGCGCGGCGCUCCCUUCCUCUCCCGCCACAAAGCGCCGGACCCCCGCGCCGCCCCCGCCUCCCGUCCCUCCGUCCGCCCAGCCCCUGCCGGAGCCCAGGGACCGCUCACGCGCCUGUCCCCGUGGCGGAGGCGGGCCGGCGGGCGGCCAUGGACGUGGGCAGCGUCGACUGCGUCUCGCUGCCCGACGCCGCCGCCCCCGCGGCCGUGGACGAUGCCGGCCGCGGCCUCGGCACGCUCCUCGCCGCCGCCAGGGCCUACCCCAAGGGCGCCAGCGCCGGCGGCGUGCACGAGCUGCUCGAGUGCCCCGUCUGCACCAACUACAUGUUCCCGCCGAUCCACCAGUGCCAAAAUGGGCAUACGUUGUGUUCCACAUGCAAGGCUAGAGUGCACAAUCGUUGCCCUACGUGCAGACAGGAGCUUGGCGAUAUCAGGUGUUUGGCACUGGAGAAAGUAGCCGAGUCGCUUGAGCUUCCCUGCAAGUACUACUCCUUGGGAUGCCAGGAAAUCUUUCCAUACUACAGCAAGAUAAAACAUGAAGCACAAUGCAACUUCAGACCGUAUAAUUGCCCCUAUGCUGGGUCUGAGUGUGCCGCGGCUGGCGACAUCCCAUAUCUUGUUUCCCAUUUGAGGGAUGAUCACAAAGUUGAUAUGCAUAGCGGUUGCACAUUCAACCACAGAUACGUGAAAUCAAACCCACGAGAAGUGGAAAACGCCACCUGGAUGCUGACAGUGUUUCACUGCUUCGGGCAGUACUUCUGCCUGCACUUUGAGGCCUUCCAGCUUGGGAUGGCACCAGUAUACAUGGCCUUCCUUCGUUUCAUGGGAGACGAGAACGAGGCGAAGAACUACAGCUACAGCCUUGAGGUGGGCGCCAAUGGCAGGAAGAUGAUUUGGGAGGGCACCCCGAGGAGCGUCCGCGACAGCCACCGGAAGGUGCGGGACAGCCAUGACGGCCUCAUCAUCCAGAGGAACAUGGCGCUGUUCUUCUCAGGUGGUGACAGGAAGGAGCUGAAGGUCAGGAUCACCGGUCGGAUCUGGAAAGAGCAGCAGACCCCGGAUGGUGCCUGUAUACCCAAUCUGUGUAGCUAAGCGAUGCAAAUUGAAAAGAGAUGCUGCUGAUUUGGCCAGAUAUUGUCUAAUCCUAUUGCCAUACCUUGCUGUUCUUCUGUUCAGGGGGGCAAUGUUUCGUGUUGUAUCUUUGCUAAAAAGAAUAUUAGGAGGGUAGGAUGCUCCUGUAAAUGAAAUUGUGCAUAUGGCAUCCGUUCUCUCACAGUUACAGGUGGGCUGAUCAAGCUCUCUGCUGCUCGACAAGCUUGUGCUUUCCAUCAUGAAACUGCGUUUGGGCUUCAUGUUUUAACGAAGCAGAGGGGCGUUUUUGUGCCAAGAAAUCAAAGAUGAGCAUAUCUGUGACCUUAGUUUA